AUGAGGCUGUCCAAGGGAAGUUCGGUGGAGGUCUACAAGUGUAAGGAAGGCUCCUACUCCUGGAGCACUGCCCGGGUCCUCUCAGGCAACGGCCACACGUAUUUCCUCCGGUACGAUCGCCGCCCGACGGACAGGCCGCUGGUUGUGGAAAGAGUGCCGAGGAAGUUCCUCAGACCCCCGCCGUUGCCGAUCGGUGGCAUGUUCAGCGACUGGGCUCCCGGAGACGUCGUCGAGGCGUUCGAGGAUUGUACCUGGUAUCCUGCGGUGGUGGUUUCAGUCGUGGCCGUCGGCCGCUUCGACGUCCGACUUGAUGGAUCUUCCAGGCGCCUCAACGUCCGCACCUGCGAACUCCGGCUGCGGCAGCAAUGGAAGGAUAACACAUGGAGUCUGAUCCCAAAGGAUUCUGGGAAUCGUAGACCAAGCAACCACCCGUUGCCGGCUGAAAGCUAUAUCAGCCGUAACGAAGAUGAAGAGCGCUCCACGAAAAGGCCACGGAUCAUCUCGUCGCCCUCUGAGUCAUGCAAUACGGCUGGCUGGACGAGGAGAGGUAUGGAGUUGCCGUCGAGGCAUCAUCCUCAUGCUUCCGUACCUCCUCCACGGGCAUUGGAUCUGCAAGAUCUGCAAACGGCGAUUGGUGGAAUGCUCGAAGCCGACGGCGAUCGCAGUCCUUCGUCCUCAGUUGGUAGUUCUUGA